AUGUCUCGAGCGGGCGCGGGGCACCCGGCCGAGACGGGCGUACGUGACGAUCCAACGAUGCUGUACGUCGCACUCAACGAUCUGCUGCAGAUGGAAGCCAAGUUCAGACCAAGGCUGGCGUUGCCCAAAGAUGAACAGAGUGGCGAAGUAACGAUCGGCGCACGCGAUGGCGCAGCGCACGUCCUCAAAUGCCUCAAGGUGUGGUACGACCUGCCGGCUGACGUGCUCGUCAGCGCUAUCAGCUUGUUUGAUCGGUUCCUAACAAAAAUGAAGGUGCGUCCGUGUCACAUACCCUGUAUCACUGUAUCGUGUAUGAACAUCGCUAUUGACGAGUACGCCGAGGUGAACAAGCAAGCGAGGAAGGUUACAGUUGAGGAACUGGUCUCAGUCUCCCAAUCGGCCUGCACAGCUGGUGACGUGUCUCGCAUGUCCCGAGUGAUCACGGACAAGUUGGCCUUACUACAUGGCUCUGCCGUCACAGCGUUGCAUUGGCUUCGACUCCUCAGACGUCUGGUGGCCAGCGCGGCACAGGAGUUCGGCCUGACUAGGCCUAUCUUGGCUCCAUCAUCUGAAGAAAAUUUGAUCAAGUUAUUGGAGAUUGCUAUUUGUGACGCGGGCUGUGUUAACGCACGGACCAGUGAAUUGGCUCUUGUCAUUGUCUACCAUCAACUUGAACAAGAACUGCUUGAAUGGAGCAGGGAAAGCCCGGUCCCAGACGAAGCUUAUUGUCUAUACGAGUUCGCCGCUCACUUACAGGCACAUUGCAACAUGAACGACGCAUCCCUUCUAACAACACGUAACCGUUUCCGCUCAGUACUGGCUAGUUAUGAGACCCGCGCCGCUGCCCCUCAGAGACAGAGGCUAGUGUGGAGACUCUCCGAACGGACGUUCAAGGUGCUUCGCCCCACGGACCGAUUGACGUCCCUUCUCCCAACCAUCGAGGAGCAAAAUUUCGCUGUUGACGCGACACCCACUAGGAAGCGAUCCGGGAGCGAAAGCAGCGAAAGCGAAGAAACAUCCGAUUGGCCAAGAAGCCCCGUUUUGCCUGUCUACUGCGGAAACUAG